CCAAUGUCGCUUUGAAAUGGCCGACGUUUAGGGGGAGUGUCUCAAGAAAUUGAAUAUCUACGUAAUUAAUGCUUGACAAGAACUACAACAUUCCAAAUUCGAAAGACUGAUUAUUUUAAACUAAAUAAGUGAACAAUCAUGGCGUGGAGAUUUAAAGCAUCAAAGUAUAAAAAUGCGGCGCCUAUCGUGCCCAAGCCCGAAGCUUGCAUUCGUGAUGUAUGCGUAGGUUCAUACCAGACUUAUGGGAACAAUAUUUGUGCAUCUGCUGCCUUUAUGGCCUUCAACUGGGAGCAUGUUGGAUCAAGCAUGGCUGUUUUGCCUCUGGACGACUGCGGCAGGAAAAGCAAGACAAUGCCUCUACUCCACGCCCAUUCUGAUACCAUAACCGAUAUGGAGUUUUCUCCGUUCCACGAUGGGUUAUUGCUGACCGGAUCUCAGGAUUCUUUGGUAAAAGUUUGGCACAUACCCCCUGAAGGACUUAAAGAGUCUCUGUCGACUCCGGAGUGCUCUCUCUCACAGAAGCAACGAAGAGUUGAGAAUGUCGGCUUUCAUCCAGUUGCUGAUGGCCUGAUUCAUGUUGCAUCAGGGCAUGAGUUGUCUCUGUGGGACUUAACUCAGCAGAAGGAGGCGUUUGUAAACAGGGAUCAUUCUGAAGUUAUUCAGUCAACAUCUUGGAAGAAAGACGGCAAGCUACUAGCAACAUCAUGCAAAGACAAGAAAGUGAGGAUAUUAGACCCGAGGGCCGCCGCGCCCAUUCUGGAUGUGGCCAACAGCCAUCAGAACAUCAAGGAUAGCAGGAUAGUGUGGUUGGGAGAUCAGGAUCGGAUAUUGACUACUGGUUUCGACUCAGCUCGCCUCAGACAGAUUAUAAUACGUGACGUCCGUAAUUUCUCUCAACCUCAGAAAACAUUAGAGCUUGAUUGUUCCACUGGAGUACUGAUGCCACUAUUUGAUGCUGACACUAAUAUGCUGUUUUUGGCUGGGAAGGGUGACACAACCAUACUGUACAUGGAGCUCACCGAUAAAGAACCAUAUCUAAUUGAGGGUUUGAGGCAUUCAGGAGAACAAACCAAAGGCGCUUGCCUGGUACCGAAGCGAGCUCUCCGGGUCAUGGAAGGUGAAGUCAACCGAGUGCUGCAACUGACCGGGUCCUCUGUAGUACCGAUAAUGUAUCAAGUACCCAGGAAGAGCUACCGCGAGUACCACGCGGACCUGUACCCGGACACGGCGGGCACGCUCACGUACCUCAGCGCCCCCAUGUGGCUGGACAGUCUGGAUCACCCAGUACCCAACAUUUCUUUGAACCCAGCGGAUAAUAACUGCACCCAGAUACAUCGCGGUGAUUUAGAUGAAGUAGUGAAGGCGAUUUUGUCAAUGCCGCCAUUAAAAAAGACCGAAGCCAAAAAGACUGCCGUGUCUCCUCGCAUCGAAGACUUGAAGCCGUUACCGAAGACUCUACCGACACCAGACCCAGAAGAAGACCGCAUCGAUUUCGUGAACGUUAAAGACCUCAUCAAAGGUAUGGAGAGGCAGACCAAAGAACCAAAAGAGACGAAUGGCUUCAGCAAGAAGAUCACGGAUAACGGACACGAGAACUCCACAAAGAGUUACGAGUGCGAACAAAACGAGACGACCGAUGAGAAGACUGGGAAGACCGAGAAGACCGUCGAUAAAUCGGACAGCAUCGAGUCCCCGGAGGGUUCCAUGUCGAGGAGCAACAGCCUGGUCAACGGCGCGCCGACCCAGGCCCCGAAGCCGCUGCCCAGGUCCUCCAUAUCCGAGCCCGGCUCUGCGGACGAGCCCUCUGAAGUUCCCAAACCCAAACCCAGGACGACCGCCUCUCAGAUAUCUGGAUACAAGCCCCGCCUGGGACCAAAGCCGUUCUCGGCGUCGUCGGGCAGCGACGAGUUCUCGUUCGACAAGGUGUUCUCCGUGCCGACUGUACCCGGACUCAAAUCUGAUGCAGUCACCUCACCGACAUCCACGGAGGCCACCACCCCGGUCUCCGUACCGCUGGUGAAGGACUCGUCCGAAGAGAAGGAUAAGUCUCUCUCGCCGACUAGCGAUAUGGACAAUCAGCCCAGCAAAGAGGAGUAUAUAAAUGGAAAAUCUGACACGAGUCUCGAGGAAGAGGUGAAUUCAUCUGAUUCCGGCUACAGACCCAAGACGCCCAGCACCGCGGAGAGAAGGAAGAUGUUCGAGUCGACUGAGUGCGGCGCGGGGGUGCAGUCCAUAGCGGACCGGCGCCGCGCCUACGAGCUGCGCUCCCUCAGCGCGCUGGAGCCGCCCCCCUCGCCCUCGCCCGCGCCCCCCUCCCCCGCGCCACUCAGACGCAGAGACUCGCUGAAGUCCCGCAAGAGUCCUGACCGGGAGGAGAAACGUUCUUCAGUACCUAACGUUACUACCAAGAGAACUUCAACUGUCUUCGGUAAAGUGUCCAAGUUUCGACAUCUGAAGGGCACGCCGGGACACAAGUCCACUCAAGUCGAGAACAUCAAGAACAUCAGCCGGCAGAUCUCUGGAGAGUGCAACGGAUUUUACGCGAACGGCGUGCGGUGCGCCGUCCCGCUGGCGGGCGGGGGCGGGCGGCUCGGCGUGGUGGAGCUGCCCGCGGGCGCCAGCCCAGUGUCGCGCGGCGCCGCCCCCCCGCCCGGCGGCCUGCACCCCCCCGCCGUGCUGCACCCCGCGCCGCUGCAGGACUGGUGCUGGGACCCCUUCAGGGACGACCGGCUCAUGGUCGCCUGCGACGACGGUCUCAUCAGGGAGUGGAUCAUACCAGAGAACGGUCUUCAAGAAUCAACAAACGAACCAAAUCGCAUAUUCUCAGCUCAUCCGGACAAAAUCUACAUUAUACGUUUCCACCCCACGGCCUCCGACAUCCUGACCACGGCCGCCCACGACCUCACCGUCAAGAUCUGGGAUCUCAGCGUCGACGAACCGAAGGCGGAAAUUAUAUUGACCGGUCACACCGAACAAAUAUACGCUCUAGACUGGUCACCCUGCGGAGAAUAUUUGGCUACACUGUGUAAAGAUGGCUUAAUUAGGGUGUACGCCCCCCGCUCGUCCGCGUCCCCGCUGCGCAGCGGGGCGGGCCCGGCGGGGUCGCGGGGGGGCCGCCUGGUGUGGGCGCUCGGGGGGACGCAUCUAGUCGUCACCGGCUUCGACAAAGUGUCGGAGCGGCAGAUCCUGCUGUACAACGCGGCACAGUUGGAGGCGCCGCUGUGCACGCUGGGGCUGGACGUAUCUCCAGCUGUUUUGCAACCUCACCUGGACCACGACUCCGCCACGCUGUUCCUCACGGGCCGGGGUGACUCCACCAUCUACUGCUACGAGGUGACGGGCGAGGCGCCGCACCUGUGCGCGCUGUCCCACCACCGCUGCGCCACGCUGCACCAGGGCAUCUGCUUCCUGCAGAAAAAUCUUGUCGCUGUCGAGAAGGUCGAAUUCGCUCGCGCAUUGAGACUUACGAAUGGCAACAUCGAGCCCCUGUCGUUCACGGUGCCCAGGAUAAAGAGCGAGCUUUUCCAAGACGACCUGUUCCCGGCGACGCUGGUGACGUGGCAGCCCUGGCAGGGCGCGCAGGGCUGGCUGCAGGGCCGCCCCGCGCCCCCCCGCCACCGCAGCCUGCAGCCGCCCGGCAUGCCCGCACUGUCGUCGCACGCGGCGUCGUCCCCGGCGCCGGCCGCCAAGCCCCCUCCGCAGAAGCCGAAGCCGGACCUCAUCAAGUCCCACCUGCCCACCGACCUCAAGGACAAACAAGAAACCAUUAUGAAAUCUAUGAGCGCCAAGGUCGAGGUCAACUUGAAACUAGAACAAGACAACAUGGAGGGUGUCGAUGAAUCCGAAUGGGACCAGUGAAUACCGCUCUGCCAACUAAAGUGCAAUCUAUAUUGUGAACUGACGUAAGAUUAUUGGAAUGAUUAAUAUCAACAUAUACGUAGGAAUAAUACGUAGAGUACCCUUAAUGGUUGAUGAUAACUUUGUAUAUUAAAAAAAAAAAACACUUAAAAAAACGACCAGAGAAUAACAGGAAAAUCGCUUUAACCAUUAAUAUUUGUUUUAGUCUGAUUGUCGUCAGAUACAAAAAACUCAACAAAUUUCAAUUAUUUAUUUAUAUUACGUUAUUAAGAUUUUUUGUUCAAGCAACAUUUGUAUAAUGUAUUUUUGCAAUGGUCAAAUGGGGCCUAUAUUAACACCAAUGUGGGGGUGAAAUAGCGAUGACCCUCUGUAUUUGGGUUCCACCCGGUCAUUACCAACUGCUAUGGACCAAAGAUAGUUGAUCUAUCUCUGUAGACAAGAUCUUAGAAGUGCAGACUGUACGUUAACCCAGAAUAUGGAGUCCAGAACCUAUGGACUUGUCAGUGUUCAUGUCAACGAACUCGGAUCGAAAUUUUUAAAUAAACAGGCAGAUAGUUUUUUUUUGUUAUUUCAAAACAAAAAGAAAAUAUAUAACAUAAUAUGAGUAAAUCUUGUGCAAUGAUACGGUCGAAGACUUGCCGCAGCAAAAUCUACUUUAAGAUAGAGGGAAAGAGCUCUGAUUGGUGUUUGUGGUCUGAGGUAGAGGAGACGCGGGUAGCGUUUAGUUUCGACAAACGCAUUCCCUAGCUUCCUCUCUGGGCGUUGAAUUUGAACCUUACCAAUUUUGCAAAAUAAUUGUUACCACAUCCUGUGUAUAAGUAAAAUGGGCCAGUUUUGUUAUUUCCUAAAUUAGUUCUUUGAAUUUUCCGUGAAUCGUUUUUGUAACGCGUCUAAAACACAAGGUCAAUAACCUCAUCCAAUUUUAAUUUGUGUUACAUUGCGUUCUAUUAAAAUCCUUAAUAGAUUUUAGUUUUCGACCGUAUUCAUGUUAUUACAAGGGUCAAUAUACAAUAAACCGAUAAUUGCGGCAAGUAUUGUAACUAACUGUACUUGUGUUUAGAACGAAAUUGAACUGAAAGAAUAUUUAGUCGUUUUUGUGGCGAUUUUAUAAAAGUUUCCUUAAAAAUUGAGGACAUGAGUGGAUGAAGAGGAUGUAUGAUACAAUUUGUUUCAUUUUGAGAAAACGGACAAUAAACUUUUGUUACUUAUUUUUGAGAUAUUACGCGUUGGGACUGUUAGUUUUAUUGUUUUAAACGUGAAAUUAUACUACUUCCAUUUUUUUUACCAAUAUGGGGAUAUUAUUGGAAUUAUUUAAAAUUAAAGAACACGUAAAGUAACCAUGUAUUAUAACUUUCAUUCAACGUGAUAAUAUUUCUUCUUCGUACAUAACUCCAUCACAUGCAAUUUCUUAAAAUAGUCUUUAAACCCGGAGUUUUAAGAUCUAAUAUGGUUUAUAGGCACAUAACAUUUUCAUCCAAUGUAAAAACUCAAAAAUCUUAAAAAUGGCACUUAUCCCUUUCAUCCACUCACGUCUUCAACUAUUUGAGGGUCGCGAGCGAAAGAGACAGCACUAGUCGUGCUUGAGGAUCUUAAAAUAUUAAUUUCCAUUUCCUUGGAUUCUUUAAAUCCCAAGAGGCACAGAAAGUUAUUUUCUGUUGGAAUUUUGUACCUACAGAUUUCAGACAAGCGUAUUGCUUACAUUUUAGUAUUUCUAUUAAAAAACUUAGAUAGUAAUUACAUAUUAUUAUUAUUAUAUUUGUAUUUCUAAAUAUCGGGAAUGUAGUGUCUUACUGAGGUUGAUUGAAUAUUCAAUACAGCCUGAAUUGAAAAAUAUACUCAAUGAAUUUAUAUUAUAUCGUUAUUAUUAAAUCACUUUAUAACUUUGAUAGAUUAAUAUUUGCGACGUAAAUUAUGAGUAUAUAAUAGUUAAAUUAUUUUAUCGAGUUCUCGUAUUAGAUAAAAUAAAAUGAUAAUAUAAAAAUUGGCGUUAUACCUAAUUAUUUUAAACUGAAUAAUUGGCAUCGCUGAUGUCCGUGGGCCGUGUCGUCUCAGUUUCCAUUAGUUGGACAACACAUUAUAUCUAUCGAGCUAAAAUUGAAUCUAUUAUGUCACUACAUGAAUACCAUAAAUUAUUAUAUUAAUUGUUCACAAUGCAAUAAUUUUUUUGUAGACAGUAACAUUUUUCCUCACAAUACUAUUGUCCUUUUCUAACAGCCGAAGUGUGAGUAGGAUGGAACACUACGUCCCCGAAAAGCUUUAGAAAUGAAAAAAGUUUUCGUCACUAGUUUAUAAAAAUCAUUGUAAAGCUUAUUUAGUGUAAGUUUGUAUUGAAUUUAAGGCCACCUCGAUCUCCACAAAAUAUACCCAAGCUCUCCGUCAAAUAAAGUUUUUUUUUGCAUAAACUAAAGCGCCCCGUACUCGAUCAAAUUUGUUUGUCAAACUUUACGUUUUCAUCAAACAAUAGCUUAAAAGAUAUAUAGAUACCAAAUAUCAAACAAGUUUGUUACCUUGCCCGUAGAUUCGGUUUUCUCUUCGCCGUAACGAGACGUCGUGUCGAGCAACGACUGAGAUCUUGUUUGACAAACACCCCCAUACACUUCAAACGUGUUUGUCAAACACGCCGUCAAUUUCCAUCAAACACGUUAGAUGUAGACACAUAGACUGUUUGACAAACGCCUCAAACAAAGCUGCAUACUGUCAAAUAAUUUGACAAAUACGUAAAAUUUGAUAAACAUUUUGAUAGUUUACAGGGCGCUUUAGUUACAAAGUCACGAAUCACAAUUAAAAACAAAUCUAAAUGGAAUAAUGAAACAAAUGAUUGACAGUUUAAUUGCAAUUCUUAAUAAGUCUGCAAUAAUUCAAAUUAUAAAGACGAAAAGAUAUAAAAUAAUAUUAAUUAAAAUUAAGUCAAAAACGCAUAGAAUAAUGCACCAUGGUUCUCGAUACUAUGAUCUCAUCCAACUAAUAUUGACUAAACGUAAAAAUUGAUUCACUUAUUAUAAAAUUCUUAUUGAUGUCGUCAUUGAUAAGAGAAGCGGUAUUCUAAAAACGGAACGUUCUUGCUUUAGCCGCAAUGGAAUGCGUUUAUGUACAUUCGCAGUACAUUGCGGGUGCAUACAUUUAUAAGACUGUAUAGGAUAGUGCGGGGUACAUGAGUAUUGUGAUUUUGUUUUUUCCUAUCUAUUCUAGUAACCUCGUGGGGUUAUUCU